AUGCCUCUGCCCCGGACCUUCUGGCUCUCCUUCACUCCCUGGACAAUGAGUGGCUUUCGGGAAGGCGGCUUUGCAAGUGGGGGCCCUCGGGGGACCUCUCUGGAGAAGAGCCAGUCCCUGGGGAAUUUUCUGGGGGAACAUAAGCCACGGAACCUCCGCUGGGUGCCCCGGUCCAGCAGCCAGGCCCAGAGGACGCGAGAGGAUUUCAGGCCCGGGGUCCUUCCCGCCAGCCGAGGCAGCAUGUUCGGGCUCUGGAGGACCUUCAGCAGCGUGGUUUUCUACCUCACUCUGGCCGUGGGCCUCGGGGGGCUGGUGGGGAACAGCCUGGUCCUCUGGCACCUCGGCUUCCGCAUCGAGAAGGGCCCCUUCUCCCUCUACGUGCUGCACGUGGCCCUGGCGGACUUCCUGUUCCUCGGCUGCCAGCUGGGCUUCUCGGCCGUCCAGGCGGCCCUGGGCUCGGAGGACAGCCUCUACUUUGCCGUCACCUUCGUGGCCUUCUCUGGGGGGGGGCUCGGGCUGCUGGCGGCCUUCAGCACUGAGUGCUGCCUCUCCGACCUCUUCCCCACCUGCUACGAGGGCCGCCGUCCCAGACACACGUCGGCUGUCGUCUGCGGCCUGAUCUAGGCCCUGACCCCGCCAGCCAUGCUGCCAGCCAAGGCCUGCGGCCUGCUGCGGGCCAGUGCCCACCUGCUCACCUGCCUGCGGUCCCACUCGGCCAGCGUCACGUGGCUGCUGUCCCUGGCCUGCGUGGCCUGAGUGGCAGGGCUCGUCCUCUUCGUCUGGGUGGCCUGCUGCUCCCAGCGCCAGCGCCCCCGCUUCUGUGGCAUCGUCCCGGGCUCGGAGCUCCUGCUCUUCUUCUGCGGCCUCCCCUACGUCCUCUGCUGGACCCUGCGCCCCAUUCUGAGCCAACUGCUGCCCCUGUUCCUCCCGCUGGCCACGCUCCUGCUGGCCUGUGUCCACUGCAGCGCCAAGCCGCUCAUCUACUUCAACGGCUGCCAGCCGGGCAAGCGGGAGCCACUGCGGGCGGUCCUCCAGCGGACCCUGGGGGAGGGGGCCCAGCCGGGGGCGGGAGGACUGUCCUUGCCCAUGUGGCGCAGGUAGAGGCCACCUCGG